AUGAGUAAAUUAUCGUUUCGGGCACGGGCGCUGGACGCUUCCAAGCCACUACCCGUCUUCCGUUGUGAGGAUUUACCCGACCUGCACGAAUAUGCAUCUAUUAACCGGGCAGUGCCGCAGAUGCCGACGGGGAUGGAGAAAGAAGAGGAAUCGGUAUGUUUUAUAGUUCGAAAAUCUGCAAAUAAACAUUUCUCCUUAUUUUAAUAUUUUGAGGAUCUCCUCUUUUUUUCUGCGCAUGUUAGCACAAAAUGGCCGCACAUUUUAUGUUAAAAAAGACGACGAAAAUGUGGUGUAGAUACCGUGCUAACAAUAAAUGAAUACAUUUUCCAGAUCACUAAAGAUGAAUUAUUUAUAUAUAUUAUUCGAUAUUCUGGUUUUAGUUGGUUGUUUUCGCUGGAGAUUAUUUUCUAAGUACAAAGGAAUCACGUGACUCCCGUGAAUCCGACAUUUUGUUGACAGUCUUUGGGAUGGGCCUUGUCUGUCGGCGUAAUGGCAAAGGACGGGUGCAAGGGGGAGCUAAUGAUCAGAAAUUAUUUAUGUGCCUGUGUGAAGACGAUACUGGCGGAAAAAUUAAAACAUUGCGUGCCUUGCAUAGAGAAGGUCCCUGUUUUUAGAUUAAACAAAGCUACCUAAGCGUGCACGCAAACUAUGUAUUGACUCACAUGCUGAAGUAUUAGCCAACGGAUGGAUGAGAGCAAUCACUACUUGGUCCACUGUUUUGCUUUACUUUUAAUUAUCAUAUGAUUGGCUGAUUACAAUGUGUAUUUUUCAUGCCACCUAGGCUAAUAUUUGGCUUUACCCCCAAUGUUUCAUGUCCCAGCAAGUGUUGGCUACGCACGUGGCCUUGUUAUGCUGUGGACGUUUGUACCUGUCAAAAUGACAUGUAAGCCUCGGUGGUGUUUUUGUAAUGAAAUCAAAGUUUAGUGGUCGUGUACACAGUUUCACAGAUGCUAUUGCGGGUGCAGCGAAAUACUUGUUACUAGCUCCUAACAGUGCAGCAAAGAUGUCAAAUAAGUACACAAAUAAUUAUCAGAAACAAUAAAUCAUGCGUCUUGGGCCCUGUAUGUGUUUACAUUUCAAUGCAACUUGUAUAACCUGCUUUUUAGUUGAUUUAAAUGUGUAUAUAUAUAUAUAGUAUCUAUACAUGCCAUGCUUCAGUUGAAACAUGCCCCCUUAUUUAAUGACCGUUGGAAUUUGCUGUCAACCCAUUUCUAGGGAUAGCCUUCUGUUAGUUGAGGAACGCGCAAAUCUGUCGAGGCUGGAGUUGAGUUUCGAUAACUGCUCAAUUUGCUAGCAACAACAUUGAGUCACCACCAUCAGUCGAUUCAUGUAAAAAUGUAAAUUCUAUGUUUGUCCUGUACAACUGCAGUCAUUUCGCGUGUGCUUCAAAUUCAUACUUUUAAUAAAAACUAAUGUCGAAUUCAACCACUGACUUUUUCUUAAUUUGUGGUGCUCAACUCAAUUGAAUCGGCCAGUGCAAUUUGGGAUCUCUGGGACGUCCAUAGCUUAACCCUUACCUAACCUGAACUCCUACAUAACCAUUUAAAAUGUCAAUUUCAAUGGGGACGUACAAAGGAUCCCAGAUAGCAUGGAUACAAUUGAAUCUCGCAAAAAAAUGUAUAUUAAAAGUAUGAAUUUCACCACCCUGCGGAAGGACAGCAGUUGUACAGGACAAACAGGUACAGGUAAGUGUUUUCAGAAUUGAUAUUUUUGCAAGAAUCGACUGAUGGUAACUCAAUGUUGUUGCUAGCAAAUCCCGUGACCAGUUAUCAAAACUCAACUCCACCUCAAUAUAAGAGAACAUAGUUGAGCCUUCCUCAGCUAGCCUUCUGCGUGUGAAGUUAUAAUUAAGGUGCGAUGCUCCCCCUCUCCCUGCAGACCUGUUUUCAUUUAAUUGCAUAUUUCGACUUGAAUGUGUUAAUUUAUUUAUGGCCAGGACAUAUCUUCAUGACACUCCUCUAUUACACAAUGUAUCUUAUUGCUCUCUGAGGCUUGGUGUCAGCCAGAGGUUCAGUGUGUUAGGCAGCCACCACAGCUGUGGUAAACUAGUGGCACGCAGUGCACAGUAGGAGUCCCAGCAAAGAGGCCCCUUUAACAAAUAGUGCCCCACAUUGGAGGUGUCAUGAUACCCAUAAAACCUAGCUGUCCAACAGGGAAAUGGUUCUAAUGGCUGCUAGGUUUUAUGGAUAUUAUGACUCAUACUGUGAUACUCUUUAAGUCUCCACUCCAGUCAACUGAAAUGUACUGUUGUCACGGUAACAGAAUUUGGACUUCGUUACCAGGUUUAGUAUCACAAUACUUGAUACCAUCAAGAUAGAAUGUACCAAAACGAUACAAUGGUAAAAACAAAAUGGCAUAUUAACCAGUCACAUAAUGGCACUUGAUGCAGACAUAAACUCUGCUACAGCUCUGUUCAAUUGUUGGGCAUCUUUUGAGUUCAAUAUCAUUACAUUAUAAUUUUUUACGUACAUUUUUCAGACAUCCAUGUAUGCAUUAAUGAAUCAAUCAUGCAAUCAGUUUGACUUUGGCAAUCACAAUCUAACUACAUAACGGUUAUCAUUUAUUUGAAUGAUCAAUCUCUAUUGAUAAACUGGGUAACUCAAGAUGUAGCCUAGGCAUAGCCACAAUAUAGGUGAAUGCGUAUUCAAUAGGCGUGUGUGCAUGCAUUUAGUAAUUGAGCUUGUUUUUGCUGAUGUCAUCUGUAGCCCCAUUAUCCCUUAUAUUUUGGACUUAUUUUAUUGUACUGAACAACAUUUGCAUAGAAAAAAAUGUGCGCUGUCUUUUUAACCAGUAAUGACAUCAAGGCAAGAGGGGAGUGGCCUGUCGGAGGCAAUAGAGCUCACCAGCUUGUACUCCUAAAACCGGGAAAUUAGUUAGAAUCUGGUUCGUUCAGCCAUCCCUAUGGGGAAAGAAUAGGGUUUCGGAAUAAACACAGAAAAUAAGGUCUAAAGUUAACACAGGCUUAGAUCUUAUACGUUUGGUUCUAUGAGAUAAUACCAGUCAGUUAACAUGACCUUUAUGAAUUAUGACAACUGUGCUUUUUUUAAAUAACAAAUUCACAGUGAUGUUAGCUGAUGAAGAUUCUCAUAGAAAAAAACCUAUAAGAUCUCCUAAGCCCAUGUUUAUCAAAUACCUUAUUUUCAGCGGUUAUCUAAAAACCCUACAAAAACACAAUUUCCCUCAGGGAAACGAACCCACAUCCCUGCCGGCCAAACCCUCCCCUACCUUGGACGACGCUGGACCAAUUGUGCGCCGCCCAUGGGUCUCCCAGUCGCGGCCGGCUGCGACAGAGCCUGGACUCGAACCAGGAUCUCUAGUGGCAGCUAGCGCUGCGAUGCACUUGUCCAACGAACCAUGGCGGAGUUGGUGCCUACAAAAAGACGCCAUUACUAUUUCUCUCCAUAGAUCAUCUUUGGGAGAAAUGUGAGGGAGAUAUACCAAAUAAGUUAAUGAAUAAAGAUUUAGGUGGCAAUAAGCUUUGAAAUCAGCUUAUUUUGCGUUUGCAUACAGUGCAUUAGGAAACUAUUCAGACACCUCUACUUUUUCCACAUUUUGUUACGUUACAGCCUUAUUCUGAAAUUGAGUAAGUAGUUUUCCCCCUCAUAUCUACACACACUACCCCAUAAUGAUAAAGCAAAAACUGUUUUUUAAAUACAUUUUUUGAAAUUUCCUAUAAAUAAAAAACUUAAAUAUCACAUUUUACAUAAGUAUUCAGACCCUUUACUCAGUACAUUGUUGAAGCACCUUUGGCAGCGAUUACAGCCUCGACUUCUUGGGUAUGACGCUACAAGCUUGGCACAUCAGUAUUUGGGGAGUUUCUCCCAUUCUUCUCUGCCAAUCCUCUCAAGCUCUGUCAGGUUGGAUGGGGAGCGUCGCUGCACAGCUAUUUUCAUGUCUCUCCAGAGAUGUCCGAUUGGGCUCAAGUCCGUGCUCUGGCUGGGACACUCAAGGACAUUCAGAGACUUGUCCCAAAGCCACUCCUACGUUGUCUUGGCUGUGUGCUUAGGGUCGUUGUCCUGUUGGACGGUGAACCUUCGCCCCAGUCUGAGGUCUUGAGCGCUCUGGAGCAGGUUUUCAUCAAGGAUUUCUCUGUGCUUGGCUCCGUUCAUCUUUCUCUCAAUGCUGACUAGUCUCCCAGUCCCUGCCACUGAAAAACAUCCCCACAGCAUGAUGCUGCCACCAUCAUGCUUCACCGUAGGGAUGGUGCCAGGUUUCCUACAGACGUGACGCUUGGCAUUCAGGCCAAAUAGUUCAAUCUUGGUUUCAUCAGAGCAGAGAAUCUUGUUUCUCAUGGACAGUGCCCUUUAGGUGCCUUUUGGCAAACUCCAAGUGGGCUGUCAUGCCUUUUACUAAGAAGUGGCUUCCGUCUGGCCACUCUACUAUAAAGUCCUGAUUGGUGGAGUGCUGCAGAGAUGGUUGACCUUCUGGAAGGUUCUCCCAUCUCCACAGAGGAACUCUGGAGCUCUGUCAGAGUGACCAUCGGGUUCUUGGUCACCUCUCUGACCAAGGCCCUUGCUCAUUUUGGCCGUGCGGCCAGCUCUAGGAAGAGCCCUGAUGGUUCCAAACAUUUAAGAAUGAUGGAGGCCACUGUGUUCUUGGGGACCUUCAAUGCUGCAGAAAUGUUUUGGUACCCUUCCCCAGAUCUGUUCCUCAACACAAUCCUGUCUUGGAGCUAUACGGACAAUUCCUUCGACCUCAUGGCUUGGUUUUUGCUCUGACAUGCACUGUCCACUGUGGGAGCUUUUAUAUAGACAGGUGUGUGCCUUUCCAAAUCAUGUCCAAUCAAUUGAAUUGACCACAGGUUGACUCCAAUCCAGUUGUAGAAACAUCUCAAGGAUGAUAAUGGAAACAGGAUGCACCUGAGCUAAGUCUCAAAGCAAAGGGUCUGAAUACUUAUGUAAAUAAGGUAUUUCUGUUUAUUUUUAAUAAAUAUGCAAACAUUUCUAAAAACCUGGUUUUGCUUUGUCAUGGGGUAUUGUGUAUAGAUUUAUGAUGAGGGGGAGGGAACUAUUUCAUCCAUUUCAGAAUAAGUCUAACGUAACAAAAUGUGGAAAAAGUCAAGGGGUCUGAAUACUUUCCGAAUGUACUGUAUUAUCACAAACAAUGCUAGCAAGGAAAGUUAGCCUACAAAUCUAGAAGCUACCGGUACCUUCUUGCACUGUAAAGUGUUAUAGCCUAUAUGGACAUUGCUUUGCGAACAGUAAUUAAGUUUAAACAUUUCUACAUGCCGUGUCACAUUAUUCAAGUGUAUUAACUUAUGUGCAGUAUGAGUGGGGAGCUAACAUGAUGCAGCCAGUGAGUAAGUGGAAUAGGCACAGUGCAUGCUAUAAUAAGGGGUUGGCUGCACUGAUAUAUACAGGCUUGAUCAGGGCAGCACAUUUGACAAAAGUACCAAAAGUAACAUUCUAGUACUGAACAGUUUUUCAUGUAUACAGUUUCGGUAUACUAUGCAACAAUCGUGUUCAGUAAAAGAGGCAUGCAACGAUAUGAGUGGUUUGUUUAUUCAUGCAGAAUACUGAGCAUACUGUCAGAGGAGCUGUCAGGCAAGUGACCCGCUUCUCAGUGACUGGCAUGAGAAACGAGAUGAGCAUGGUAUCCACCUUAUGUCACGAAGAUAUUUUGAGGAAUGGAUGUUGUAGCUUGUAUACUAUGUGUAUGCCUUCUAGUUGAUUGCCCAUUAGACUUUUUCAACCUGGCUUCUCAACUUUUUAUAACACCUAUGCACAGCAAUUGGCCAGACCUCAACCAUUCAUGGUUACCUUUUUAUUUUGUGAUGUCUUUGGUUUACCAUAGUGGAAUUCUCUUGAGUUAUGAUUGGUGGGUGUAAAACAACUCCUUCUGCACGUGUGAACUGUUUGUCAGUCCAGACAGCCAGUGUUUAUGUUGGGUGAACUCACAGUCACCGGGUCAUUGUCUGAGACAGGGUGCAGAGGGAAUUGGUGGGAUCUGUUGAUUUGUCUGAGUGCCAGUUUUCCUUGAACACACAUGUUGGCAGUCCACCAGUUUCUCACUGCUGUGACCUCAUUCACCUGGAAUGUGUUGCGUAGUGAUACCGAUAUCAGGUGUAAAAUGGUUUCACCACCACGCAUGCAUGACUGCUUAUGAACUGUUAUCCUUGAACCCGUAGCCUACAAUUUCUGUGGCCCCGCGGAAAUCUAAUUAACAUAAUAAUAAAAAUCCCCAUCAAAAUCUGUUUUUAAGCUAAGCUGCGUCUCAAUCUACCACAUCUGCCGAUAUCGCCCUUCCGCAUCUGCGUUGAAAGGUGGCAGAGCUAGAGGGGUGUUUGUCAGACCAUUAGACAUCCCGGAAAUCGGUCUUCUCACAAAAACAUCUGUAGCGUCCGAAUGGUUUGGCCUACAAAGUAGUAUGACCACUCUAUUGAAAGAUGAGACUCUCACGAACACGAUGGCGUUUUGCUAUUGGACGCCCACAAGCCUCAAGACUCCUCUAAAGGUCCUCGGUACAAGUUGGAAAAAAAUAUCGAAGUAUAUAUGGAGAUGGUUUAGUACCUAAAAUAAGGGGAUAAAUACAUGACGAAAAAAAUCUAAAUAGUUUCCUGAUCUUUCUUAUCUCUCAGACACUUCAGAACAAACUUCCUUUAGCUUUUUUUUUGUGACUGUUGUUCCAUGUAGUGAAUCUGUUAUUCAAUGAAUUUCUAUUGGCUAAUAGCAGUAAUGGCAAAUUCAAUGUCUCAUCCAAUAUAUUUUUUUAAAUAUUCAUUUGAUACCUUAAGGGGUCAUAAAAUACAAAAUCAAAUAUCUAAAUUAUCCUUGGUGUAUGACCAUCUUAAAGCAAUUCCAUAUGUUAGCAAAGAACCCCCCCCUGCCUACACAUGCUGCUCCAGAGCCGCCAGUACUGUUCUUCCUUCAGACAAGCAUGCGUCAAAACACUUAAUCUGCACAAUGUCUCUCGUUCACAUUCGCUUGUAAAUGUCCAAACUCAACAAAAAUGACAUUCGGUAGCUCCUGUCUAUUAAAUGUAUAACUUUAUGAGCUUGAUUGCCUGUCUUUGCAAUUUGUUUAUUUUUGUUUGCGCUCAUUAGCAUGUUUAGCUAGAAGCCCCCAUGGAAGUUCGCUAUUACUUGUGCUAAUUUUGUUGUCAUGCUGGUAAUAGACGCCCAGUGGGCUUUUUUAAACAUUUUUUGGCUCCCCCUUAUGUACUUAGGUGGUAAUACCGUAUAUCCCAACCCUACUUGCCAUAUAUUUUCAAGUAGCUUUAAGUCAAAACUGUAACUGCCACUCAGGAACAUUCACCGUCUUCUUGGUAAGCAACUCGUGUAGAUUUGGCCUUGUGUUUUAGGUUAUUGUCCUGGUGAAUUCAUCUCCCAGUGUCUGGUGUAAAGCACACUGAACCAGGUUUUCCUCUAGGAUUUUGCCUGUGCUUGGCUCCAUUCAGUAAAAAAAAAUUUAUCCUGGAAAAACUCCCCAUUCCUUAAAUAUAAGCAUACUCAUAACAUGAUGCAGCCACAACUAUGCUUGAAAAUAUGGAGUGUUACUCAGUAAUGUGUGGUAUUGGAUUUGCCCCAAACAUUAACACUUUGUAUUGAAAUGCUUUGCCAUUUCUUUUGCAGUAUUUCUUAAGUGCCUUGUUGCAAACAGGAUGCUUGUUUUUGAAUAUUUGUAUUCUGUACAGGCUUCCUUUUCAUUCUGUCAAUUAGGUUAGUAUAGUGGAGUAACUACAAUGUUGAUCCAUCCUCAAUUUUCUUUUAUCUCAGCCAUUAAACUCUUUAACUGUUCUAAAGUCACCAUUGUCCUCAUUGUGAAAUCCCAGAGUGGUUAGAAAGGAUGCCAGUAUCUUUGUAGUUACUGGUUGUAUUGAUAAAACCUCCCUGGUCUUUGUGGUUGAAUCUGUUUGAAAUUCACUGCUGGACUCCGGGACCAUACGGGUAAUUGUAUGUGUGGGGUGCAAAGAUGAGGUAGUCAUUCAAAAAUCAUGUCAACCACUAUUAUUGCACUGUGAGUCUAUGCAACUUACUUGUUAAGCACAUUUUUACUCCUGAACUUAUUUAGGCUUGUCAUAACAAAGGGGUUGAAUACUUAUUGAUUCAAGACAUUUAAGAUGUUCAUUUUAGUAUCAAUUUGUAAAAAUUUCCUAAAAUAUAAUUCCACUUUGACAUUAUGGGGUAUUGUGUGUAGGCCAGUGAAAAUCUCAUUUUAGUCCAUUUUAAAUUUAGUCUAACACAACAAUGUGGAAAAGGUCAAGGGGUUGAAUACUUUCUGAAGGCACUGUAGUUAUUGCGUCUUUAGAUUCCCCCUCUUUAAGUUUCUAACAGAGAUUUGAAUCUCUGUCACAUAUGGAACUGCUAUCAGGUGAGCUGUUUAGAAUGGUGUUUUGCCGCGAAUUGCAUUUUGGCAAAUGUUUGAAAAUGUACAUGAACUUUUAGAAAUAAUGGAUGACGCAGCAUCCGUUAAGCAAAUUCAUACUUUCUCAUCUUUUGGUUAGUUCGAUAUUUACCGACGCGACCCAGUCGUUUGUUCUUUAUGUUCUGGUGCCAUGCUCAGUGGCAACGUUCUUAUCCCUUCAUGUUCAUCACUCACCACAUUAGGUCAUCAGAUGCUCCCAAAAAAUGCCUCUGCAAAAACAAAUCAAUGCUAGCUGGCUGUUCCCCCCCCCCCCCCCCCCUCGUUGUACCUGCGUUUACAAUGUAUCCAAGAGAUCACCAGAGAUCUGUAUAUAGUGAUGAGAUGCUCAUGUCGCCGCCCUUAACAAUGGGGGGAGUCGUCCCAAAGGCGGGAAGGCAGGUGACAAGCUUAGGUCCAAAAUAAGCCCAUAGAAACGCUUUGGGCUUAUUUUGGACAAGUUUUGGUGAGAGUAAACCUCUUGCUUCACUUCUUCCACAGUUUCCACACACCAAGCCCCUCCCCCUGCCACUCAAACAACAAAGAUGAGAGAUCACUUCCUCUGACAAGUGGUUUCAACUCGCUAUUUGCAUUUUGAGGUUUGGUCCAACAGAAUGAGUCAUAUGGACACCGAAACACGAGACAUUUUACUGUAAUAGAUCAGUUUACUUUUCUAACGAUACCCUUUUUAUGUCUGAACUGCUCAAAUUGCACGCAGAGCAGACACUACUAAAAUGGAAGUAUCAAUUAACGUUGAUUCUGAAAAAUGAACACUCGGUUAGUCGCACCAUGUACCGCUAGCAGCAUAUUAGCUAAAGACUGUUAUACUAGCUGUCUAGUCUGUUUUACAAAUGUGCAAUAAGCAUAAAACACAAUUUAUUUAAGGAAUUGGCAACUCGAUCUCAUUCCGAGAAAUAAAGCAGGCCGUUUCAACAUCUGAACAAAGUGUACAGGUUAACAUGCUGUUAAACAUUUUGAGAAGGACAGAAGGGUUUGUUCAUAACAACUAAAAAGUUCUGCCUUGUUAGCAUGCAAAUAGACCCAAGUUGGCUAAACUUUAAAUUUAAGGAUUUGUAUAUAGAUUAGCUGGCUACUCACUAGCAUGUGGGUUUGUGCUUGAGGGAUCGUUUUGAGACCUGUGUUCAUUUUCUAUAAUGCCUGCUACAAGAAGUGAAUUUGCAUUAUGCAUGGUUCUGGUAAAAAUGUGUAACAAAGGGCAUUUUCAUAGACUUGAAAGCCAGAUCAGUGAUUAUUGCAAUAAAGCAGGUUAAACUAUUUUUAUAAAAUAAUUAAAUGAUUAGUGUCUAAUUGGUGUGGAAGGCUUUUAUUUUGCCUAGGUAUAAUUUCACAAGCCCUGAAUUCAUUAGAUUAUUGCUGACUGAUUUUGAAAUUCAUUGUAUCCAACCUUUAAUUGUACAACACAGCUUAUUUAGAGAGAACAUUUAAACAGUUUUAGAUUGAAAUUGUGAGUCGGCCAUGAAUGUGAAAAGAUCAAGAUUUUUAGGCCAUAUCUCUCGCCCCUCAGACAGGUGUUGAGCCUGAGUGAGGUUAGCCCAGGGGCUGUAUGUAUCAAGAGUCUCAGAGUAGAAUUGCCAAUUUUAGGCUCAGUUUUGCAUUGUAGAUCACAAUGACAGAAAGGGACCUGAUCCUAGAUCAGCACUCCUACUCUGAGACGCUUAUGAUAUACGACCCCAGAUGGUUUCCAGGAAACAAUUUAGUAACAGGAGCAAAGCUAGGCUGCAUAACUAGGGUGCAUCCCAAAUUACACCCUAUUCCCUAUAUAGUGUACUACUUUUGACCAGGGCCCAUAGAGCUCUGGUCAAAUGUAGUGCACUAAAUAGGGCUCCAUUUGGGAGACAUCCAGUCUCACAGUGGUAAAGUUACAUAGAAUGAGUUAUUCUCUCUAGACAUGUGCUGCUAUUCCGUGGCCCCGUCAGUCACUGUCCCCUGUGGCUGUCCAUGUUAAGUGUGUAACGAUUCACCAAACCCACAGUUCGGAAUGUAUUGCGAUGUUCGUAUUGUAGUUUGAGUACUUUCACGAGGUGCUGAAACUCCCUAUUUUUCUCAACCACAGAGAAUGGGCGCAUAUCCGUGGCUAUAAUCAUACCUAUCGUCCUUGUAAUGUCUUUGGCCCAGUCCGAUUCAGCUGCCAGAAGGGGACGAAGGGGGGAGACGACGUUCUUGUUUUUAUGCGUUUCAGCCUUGCACCGAUGGUAGGAAUACUGGAGGGGAUGUCGGCUUAAAUGUGUCAAUGUUUGAGACGUUUGCAGCUGCAUAUGCUAUUCUCGUUGAGCAGUGGCAAAAUACUCUCUCUGUCCAUCGCCGUUGUAACCUACUGGGAAGCCAAAAUGUUCCCAAACUGGAGAUUUAAACUAUGAUGGAGAAUCCUCCUGGUUUAUCGACCCCACCACUCGCCAUCGUACUGCGCCUCACAAAAGGACAGUUUGAAAUGCGGCGAUUGAUUGAAUUUGAGCUGAAAUGUUUUUUUAUAAGCUCAUUUACUGAAAAGGCAUACAAUGCAGUGAAAGCAUAGCCUAUAGUCCUAGUGUAUUUGUAUUCCUUAUAUAACCAUUUUUAUGUAUUAAUUCGUGUUCACAGUGCAGACUGAAACAAGGUCCCCGUACUGAACGGUUCGAAUAUGUGUACCGCUAAUGUUAAGUGGCAUUUACAGGGUCUGGGACAGUAGCUGCCUGGUAGGCAGGCAGGCCAGGAGCAGCAGUAGUGGACCGCCAGAGUGGACAGACCUUGACAGUGAUCGAUACGCUUAUUUAAAGGGCUAUUUCUAGACUGUUGCAGUCUGGAGGAGGAAGAGACAGAUGGUGGAUGGGCCAGGCCAGGCUGGCUAUUUUUGUUGUGGUAGUAGCCGCAAUUCAACUAGUCUAUUAUCCACUAGCCCAUUUCCAUCGCUAGGGAAGUAGCCUAUAAAAAUGGUGUUUGAUUACGUUUGGCAGCCUGUGUAUUUUUCUGAGGCUGCAGUUCUAGGCCUAUAUAAAACAUUUUAUAGAGGAGAAUAAUCAGCCAGUGGUUUGUGUUUUAGCUUGCUCAUGCUCUCUGGGGCUUUGAUUCAGUGAAAAUGUACCGAAACCUCCUGCUAGGUCAUUAUCAGGGCCGGGACGAUACUAGUAUCGCGAUACUCAUUAGUAUCGUGGCAAGGAAACAAAACAAAAAGCGAAUCUAACUUCUUUAGGUCCUAUUAUUGGGAACAAACAUGUCAUCCAGAGUUAUUUAUUUAAGCUUUAACACAGAAUAUUUUACAUACAGCAGGUUUUUAAAGGACCAAAGAGUCUGGUCUGCUUCGGGUUUUCAAUUUUGCCGUGAAAAAGAUAUUGCGAUACUGGUAUCGUCAUGGCCCUAGUUAUUAUGAAAGUACACAGUCUGGAAGGGUCAAAGCCUUGGUGGUGACUGAAAUGCCACCCUAUAUAGUGCUCUACUUUUGACCAGAGCCCUAUGGCCAUUUCGGUCACUGCAAAGGCUUUGAAUAAAUGCAAUGGGAACUUAAGUUACUGAACAGUGUGCCUAGAAGCAGAAUAGCCUAUAUAGGAGCUCGCCUUUGUAGCAGUCCAGAGUGUGAAAAUAAAAAUGUGAAUUGGUUGUCAACAGUAAUGUUCUCAGCAAGCCUGGGAGUAGGUUAACCAUCUCUUGACUCCACUGCAAAGCACGUAGACCUAUUAUAAUGCAGAACAAACUUGCAGGCAAGCGCACCAUUUUCAGCCAUUGGCAAGAGAGUAGGGCUGUGUCCCGAUUCUCCACACUUCUCCCAAAGUGUGCAACAUACUCCUCGUCAUGGAUUUAAACGCAUUGGAUUAAUGUAGGUAAGCAUUGGCUGGAGGGAGUUUCCACCACUGUUAUAUCCAUGACGGAGCGUGUGCAAGUGCACACUUUGGUAGAUGGGUGGAGAAUUGAAGUAGCCAAAGAUCCCUGUAGUGCAUUGGUUAGCCUAUCUGUGUGUUGUGACCCUGUCCAUGUUCACUAGUAUUCACACUAAAUGGGCCGGUAUUAAAAUCCAGUCAGUGGUUAUUAGACCCCGACCUAUAAUGUUUUGGGUGGUCCGAUAACAGAUUUUAUGGGGGGCAGCUUACCAAUAUAUCUGCCGAUAUAUACUGUUUUCCAGCUGGGAAAUUAAAGCACAUUUUUUUCCACACUGGCCAUCCAAAAUACCAUUUGUCCAAUGAACAUGAUUAAAAUGUUGAUUUCUUACGUUGUGACAAUAAUGACAUCAUGGUAAUGGCCGUAAGUGUUCAGAUAAGCGUGAGAUUCCUUUUUUCAUCCUAUUUAUUCAAUAUUGGUUAUCGGUGGACUUAGUGGGCGAUACCGCUAUAUUGUUAAAAGGCUAAUAUCGGUAAACCGAUAUCGGUCGUCCUCUAGUGGUUAUUUCCCAUGGUCAUUGGGAAAUAUUUUGUGUGCAAACGGCAAUUAGUUUUUUGAAUAAUUUUUUUCUUUCAAAAACGUUAACGGAGUGUUCCAGAAAUUAAUCAUUGUGCCGAUGAAUGGAGAUUUGACUGCUGCUGAUAGAGCCGGGACGAUGCCAGUAUUGCGAAACUUGUUAGUAUCGUGGCAAGGAAACAAAACAUGAAGCGGAUUCAACUUCUUUAGGAAAACGACCCUAAUGUUAGAAACUCUUCCAGAGUCACAUUAUUUUACAUACAGCAGGUUUUUAAAGGACUAAAGAGUUUGGUCUGCAUUGUGUUUAAAUUUUUUCCAUGGAGAAAACAUUGCAAUACUGGUAUCGUCACAGCCAUAGCUGCUGACGGGGAAACACUUUUCAGAACUCCAGUUGAUAGUGGAUGACGUGUUCCAGAUGGCUCCCUAUUCACUUUAUAGUGCACUUUUAAUCAGGACCAAAGUAUUCCCUAUGUAGUGUAGUACCCUUUACCUGACCUGGUCAAAAGUAUUGCACUAAAUAGGGAAUGGGGUGCCAUUUGGGGGACAGAUGGUGAGAACGCAGAAGAAACAACUCUAGAUUGCCUAGGGCCCCCAGAGCAGUGAAACCAUAAACACACACAUACACUCCGGAGAGAUGAUGUACAGGUCUGGGACUACGCUGUGCUUGUGCUGUGUUGACAGGCUGCCAAGGGCAUGGUGCCCACGUCUGUCUGAGAGCCAGAGGCCCUUUCAUUUUAGUACUGUUGGCCGGCCCGCUCAGACGAGCACCCCCACCGCCCCAGGCCCUGUUCAGAGCCAGAGGACACUGUUCAAACGUGAUUCGCUGCUUUUUUUCCCACUGGUGUUUUGUAGUUAUUUGAAAUGACUGUCAUUUAUUUGGUUGUUGUAAAGUGUAUCUGCCAGGUGCUUGGUCCAAACUAGUCCCCAGACUUUGGAACAGGAACAGGUAUGAGAGUAAGCCUACAAAUUGCCUUGGAUAUAAGUGGAGGAGUGUACGUGGGUUCUGCACCUGGGGAAAAGCCUAUUCAAUCAGUGUGUGACUUUGAUGACCAUUCCAGGACUUUUACUCCUUACUUUCCAAGUCCUGCUGUGUACUUUUUAUUUUCCAGUUCUUUGUUUUUCUAGUACUUUCAAACAAUGAAUAGUUUUGUCACCUGAAAUCUCCUUGAAAAGGAUGCUGUUUCUGUCAGUACUGAUUUCAUGCUUGAUUUGUUCCUGGCCUCAUGGAUCAGAUGGCAGCAGUCGGUGUGACUGUGAUUGAGGUUCACUCUGACUUAUGUGGUCCUCUCUCUAUGCAUCAGUUACCUCAAACUUCCAGCUGACCCUGUCAAUUUAGCUAUCCAAGUGCUCAGACUUUGUUUAAUACAUAUAGUUCCUGUUGAGCAGAGGUAUGUUGUUCAAUCAUUUGCCCUCAUCUCUGUACUUCUCUCUGGUCCUGUGUGGCUCAGAGGGUUUGUUUCCCGCUGGGGCCACCCAUACCAAAAUGUAUGCAUUCAUGAUUAUAAGUCACUUUGCAUAAAGGUGUCUGCUAAAUGGCAUAAAUUAUUAAACUCUUUCUGUCUCUCUAGGAACACCAUCUCCAGAGGGCCAUGUCAGCCCAGUCAGUGUAUGGAGAGAAACACAACAUGGUCAUCCCCGUCCCAGAGGCAGACGGCAACAUCGCCUACUACGAGUCUCUCUACCCCGGGGAGUUCAAGAUGCCAAAGCAGCUUAUUCACAUACAGCGUGAGUAGAGUGGACCUGGCUGCUAGUGAUGGGGGGGGGGGGAUCGAUAGUUAGUAGUUACAUAUUGCAAUAUUAGUUUUGACAAUAUUAUAUCGAUACUUUGACUCCCAAGUAUAGAUUUGUACAAAAAUAGCAUUAGCUAUAUUAGGUCCGGAUGGAUAUUGUCAUCAAUCUGCAUCGUAACAAACCCCCACCUCGCAGCCCAUGCGAUCCCGAACUGUUCAAACUGUUCACACCCAUCUUGUUGGCAGAGAGGAAAAAUAGCAGUUUUAAAGCUAAUUUCCUGCAAUCCUAAACAUUUUUCAUAUUUUGUGUGUUCAUAUGAUACCAGGAGUCGAAUCCCGAUCUAAUACAAAUAAAUAUAUAUUUAUACAGUGCAUUCGGAAAGUAUUCAGACCCCUUGACCUUUUCCACAUUUUGUUACGUUACAGCCUUAUUCUAAAAUUGAUUAAAUCGUUUUUUCCCCCUCAAUCUACACACUACCCCAUAAUGACAGCAAAAACAGAUUUAGAAAUGUUAGCAAAUGUAUUAAAAAUAAAAAACUGAAAUAUCACAUUUACAUAAGUAUUCAGACCCUUUACUCAGUACUUUGUUGAAGCAUCUUUGGCAGCGAUUACAGUCUUCUUGGGUAUGACGCUACAAGCUUGGCACACCUGUAUUUGUAGAGUUUCUCUCAUUCUUCUCUGCAGAUCCUCUCAAGCCCUGUCAGGUUGGAAGGGGAGCGUCGCUGCACAGCUAUUUUCAGGUCUCUCCAGAGAUGUUCGAUUGGGUUCAAUUCCGGGCUCUGGCUGGGGCACUGAAGGACAUUCAGAGACUUGUCCUGAAGCCACUCCUGCAUUUUCUUGACUGUGUGCUUAGGGUCGUUGUCCUGUGGAAGGUGAACCUUCACCCCAGUCUGAGGUCCUGAGCUCUCUGGAGCAGGUUUUCAUCAAGGAUCUCUCUCUACUUUGCUCCGUUCAUCUUUCCCACAAUCCUGACUAGUCUCCCAGGCUCUGCCUCUGAAAAACAUCUCCACAGCAUGAUGCUGCCACCACCAUGCUUCACCGUAGGGAUGGUGCCAGGUUUCUUCCAGACGUGACGCUUGGCAUUCAGGCCAAAGAGUUCAAUUUUGGUUUCAUCAGAGCAGAGAAUCUUGUUUCUCAUGGUCUGAGUCCUUUAGGUGCCUUUUGGCAACUCCAAGUGGGCUGUCAUGUGCCUUUUACUGAGGAGUGGCUUCCGUCUGGCAACUCUACCAUAAAGGCCUGAUUGAUGGAGUGCUGCAGAGAUGGUUGUCCUUCUGGAAGGUUCUCCCAUCUCCACAGAGGAGCUCUGUCAGAGUAACCAUCUGGUUCUUGGUCACCUCCCUGACCAAGGCCCUUCUCCCCGAUUGCUCAGUUUGGCCUGGCGGCCAGCUCUAGGAAGAGUCUUGGUGGUUCUAAACUUCUUCCAUUUAAGAAUGAUGGAGGCCACUGUGUUCUUGGGGACCUUCAAUGCUGCAGAAAUGUUUUGGUACCCUUCCCCAGAUCUGUGCCUCAACACAAUCCUGUCUCGGAGCUCUACCGACAAUUCUUUCGACCUCAUGGCUUGGUUUUUGCUCUGACAUGCAGUGUCAGCUGGGGUGUUAUGUGUAGAUUGAUGAAAAAAAAACAAAGAAUUUAAUCAAUUAUAGAAUAAGGCUGUAACCUAACAAAAUGUGAAAAAAGUCAAAGGGUCUGAAUACUUUCCGAAUGCACUGUAUAUAUAUUUUUAAGUUUCUGUGUUCGGAUCUGCCCGUGGUCUGCCUAUUGAGUUUGGGUGCUAUAGCUUGUUCUCCAUCUUCUUUAUAAAUAGUGAGCCAACAUGUUUUCAGCACUUUUAUUUCCAUGACUGAUCAAAACUUGUUUUCUCAUGGCUCUCUUGUCCCUCCGUAGCAUAUGUUUGGAACAUCGGAUCACAAUAAAAUUGCAGUAUUGAAUCACAAUACAUAUCGUGGGGCGGCAGGUAGCUUAGUGGGUAAGAGCGUUGUGCCAGUAACCGAAAGGUCGUUGGUUCUAAUCCCCGAGCCGACUAGGUGAAAAAUCUGUCUGUGCCCUUAAGCAAGGCACUUAACCCUAAUUGCUCCUGUAAGUCGCUCUGGAUAAGAGCGUCUGCUAAAUGACUAAAACAUGUAAAAAUGUGUCGGCACCUGAGUAUCGUAAAAAUAUCGUAUCACGGGGUCCCUUGCAAUUCCCAGCCCUACUGGCUGUCCUGGCUGAACCUGUAGGACCCUAUACUACUGCUCAAUCCCAAAUCCACCCCAACGCACUGUGUCACUUGUGGAGAUCUGAAAGCAUCUGAUUGGUAUAAGCAAUAUGAUGAAACUUCCACCCAGCCUAUCAGAGGACACGGUGGAGCUGUUUCCAUAUUGAUUGCAGCUGUCAGAUCCUCAUAGAUCUCCACAAGUGCUUUGGUUCAAGGUGUCCGUUUGGAGUUGUUGAUCAACAUCUGCAUUUGUGGGUGUAGGUUCUUAGAUAAUGGCAAGACAUUUUGGUUAUUUUGUGACAUUUGAGUUUGUAUGGCAUAAUUCUCAAGGGUAGGGGGAUCUGGCCUUAGUAGUAAUUUAGUAGACCUUGUCAUAUCGUCCAUGAAUCAUAUUCUUUGUUUUGAUUGCUUAAGAUAAGAGCUAGGCUAAAUGUAAGUUCCUGGUCAUGACUUUUUGUCAUUGGUUUAAAGUGGAAGUCCAUGCUGUCAUUUGUCCAAUUAUUGUCAGAUUACAGACAUAUUUUCUAUGAUAGGCAACGGCAUUAAUUUAAGUUCAUGUCGCCUUGUUUGAUGUUUUUGCUGCAAGUCUAGCAGUAGAAGUCGUCAGAGCUCAAAUCUAAUUUCUAAUGGCAUUCUAAUUCAUUUAAGUGAAGGCGUGUUUUUAGGAUUCGACUUUCUUGUCCGUCUUGGGCUUUGAAAGUGCCAUUGGCAAAAUUGUAAAUGCAGUUGCCUAGAUAAAUGACUGCCAUGAAUUUUUAUGUUUCUCUGGCUCGAUUCUGCUCAGAUUUCCUUAACGACCAAAUGUAAAGUAAUCACUUUACCCCAUUCAGUACAGCUGUAGCUUUGGUUAGCAUAGCGGAGGUGCAUAAAGAUGGCGGCCUCCAUGCACUUACCACAAAUGCCUUGUUUACCGAAAUUCUCUGUUAGACAUUGCUCUGUUACUCUUUUUUUUUUUUUUUUUUGGUAUCGGCACGUUAGCACAGAAUAUAUGAUCCCAAUUUAAGCUCCAAGACGCAUGCAAUUUGAAAAACCUAAAGUAGAUAGUGCUGAUUUACUGGCGCAAUGGACCAUGUCACGCGCCGUAGUUUUAAAAACUCCAUGGGUAGUGGUAAAACCAUGACGUCAUAUCUGAAUUCCAACAUCUUUAUGUACCAUCGACAUCGAAGCGCUAGUAGCUCAGAACAUGAGAUCAGCAUUAUUUCAGACAGAAGAUCUAGGGCUAAAAGGCCUCUCAUAUCCCAUAAUGUGAGAGAUGUGCAGCCAGCUUUUCAUCUGAACUCUUGAAACGGAAUUGCAUUGUAAUAAUGCUACUACAUUAGCAUGUGUGCUCAGGGUUAACAGGGGAGUUAACACUGCGGCGUCAUGGACGCGUAGCUUUUGCCAGCAUGAGCCACUUUUUCAGGUGUUUUUUUAAUUAUUGCAAACCGAACCAGAGUAUACAUUUACGCUGAGCAGCAUUAACCUCUCGCGGGUUUGACGUCACGAUGGGGAGUUAAAAUGGCUCCCAGGAUCUCUGAAAGUCCACUCCAUUCCCAUCCUCGUGUCUAAAGUUCCCUCCAGCUUUCAGUGGUCUAAAAUCCCCCUUUCUCCCUUCUCUGUAGCUUUAAGCCUGGACACUGACAUCCUCAUGUCUAAACCCUCUCUCCAUCUCUCCCACGCUGUAGCUUUCAGCCUGGACACGGAGCAGCCGGACUAUGACCUGGACACAGAGGACGAGGCCUUUGUGAACAAGCUGAAGAAGAAGAUGGAGAUCACCUUCCUGCAGUUUGAGGAGAUGAUCGACCGACUUGAGAAAGGCAGUGGGCAGCAGGUAAGCCUUGGAUGCUGCGUCCCAAAUGGCACCCGAUUUCCUAUAUAGUGCACUACUUUUAACGAUGGCCCUAUUUGCCCUUAUCUGGGCUUCCCCCCACCCUCAUAUCCCCAAUCACAUGUACUUGGCUUAGAUGGGAGAAGAGAGAGUAGCCUACAAUGGGGAAUCAUAGCAUCAGACUAGCAUCCUGUCCAGAGUGUGUACUGUCUUGAACAUAAAGUUGUCUCGCGCUACAGAAACAGGAGAUACUCUUACUGGAGUUACUCAUGGUAGCGUCUAUAGUCCUGGGAAUCCUGGGGACAAGUCAGGACAGUGACCCUGCCUCCUCCAAAAUGUGACCCCCUGCUCCUCCCUCCCCUCUUCCCCCGUCAGGCGGUGAGCCUGCAGGAGGCCAAGCUGCUGCUGAAGGAGGAUGAUGAGCUGAUCAAGGAGGUGUUUGACUACUGGACCAGGAAGAGGAAAAACAGCAAGCACAGCACGCUGCACCCCACUGUGAAGCAGGAAAAGAGGGACGGAUCCAGCACCUCAGACCCCUAUGUGGCCUUCCGCAGGAGGACGGAGAAGAUGCAGACCAGAAAGGUAGGAUCCCACCUCUAGAACAGGGCAUAUAGGGGCUAGUUGACCCAACCCAGGUAAACACUAAUGGCCUGUUUCCCGGACACUGUUAAAGUCUCGGUCAAUGGAAAUUCCCAUUGAGCAUGCUUUUUAGUUCAGGACUAGCCUGUGUCCAGGAAACUGGUCCCAAGUGUGUGGUAUGUACCAAUACGCCUACACAUUUCCAUUUCAACUAAAUAGAGGCCUACGCUAGGUUAUUGACAGCAGAUGACUGUCAAUUAAUGGUGAAAUUGUCCACCUCAGAACCGUAAGAACGAGGAGGCUGGGUAUGAGAAGAUGUUGAAGCUGCGAAGGGACCUGAGCCGAGCCGUCACCAUCCUGGAGAUGAUCAAGAGGAGGGAGAAGAGCAAGAGAGAGCUGCUGCACCUCACCCUGGAGAUUGUAGAGAAGAGGUGGGGACUACUCAUGGAGACAGAGGUUUUCAGAGUCAUGUUGCUAGGAUGCCAGCCAUCUUGGUCAGGAAAGCUUUCAAUUCUAGCAACUUUUCAAAUUAUGGUAGAAUAUAGUAUUAAACAAUGCAUUUGUAGAUGUAUCUGCUCAGUGUUUGUUAACUAGCUAGCCAACCAUGAAUUUGGCCUAUAGGAUCUCUGUGGUACUACUGUAUAGGAAUGGUUGCGAUACAUUUAAGAGUUGGCCUUAAAUAAUAAUAAAUAAAUAAUAUGCCAUUUAGCAGACGCUUUUAUCCAAAGCGACUUACAGUCAUGCGUGCAUACAUUUUUUAGUGUGUGGGUGGUCCCGGGGUUCGAACCCACUACCUUGGCGUUACAAGCGCAGUGCUCUACCAGCUGAGCUACAGAGGACCACAUGUCUUAAAACAUUAUUUUUUUACUGUAAAUUUAAGUAAGCUUGUGUAAAAAAGUAUUAUUAUCAUAAAGUCAAACUUUACGUUCAGUUCCAAAACUGAAUCGUUCAGUUCCAAAACAAUGUUUUAAAGUGGCUGACGAUUUGAUUGAGAUCCAGUUGUUUUUCAAAUGCUUGAUUAUAACUUGACUUUGACCUUUUCCCCUCCAGGAACGGCAUGUCCGACUUUGGUGGUGAGAUCAUGGCUGAAGUGCUGGCCCAGCGUGCUCUGGACAAGCCUGCCCAUAUUAUCCCUCUGGUGCCGCUGACCAACAGCAACCAGUACAGACAUCAGGACCACAUGGACCUCAAGGAGUACAAGUCCAAGGUGAGAGAGGGCAAAAGGGCGACAUCAAUGGCCCGUAUUCAUAUAGUGUCUCAUAGUAGGACUGCCAGCUCUAGGAUCAGUUUAGCCUUUUAGAGCUCGAUGAAUAAGAUUAUAUGGAGAAAGGAGGCCUGACCCUAGAUCAGCAGCUCUACUCUGAGAUACUUAGUGAAUACGUGCAAAUGUCUUGAAGGUUUUCUCCUAAAAUGUUAGACAGCAAGUGAGUGACAAUGUGUCUGGGUCCUUCCCUCCCUCCUAGCCGGAGAAGACAGAGGUCGUCAGGCAGAAGAGGAAGUAUGAGAAGAAGCCUAAAGUCUUACCCCUGUCAGCUGCUGCCCCCCACCACUCUGGCCCCUCUGUGUUCAACGCUAAGGAUGUCCACCAGUAUGACUUCCCCAGCUCAGACGAUGAGCUGCACUCCCAGGUAGGCAGAGCGGUUUGACUUGGCCUGCGUCCCAAAUGGAUCCCGAGGCACUUGGAGAUCUGAGAGGAUUUGAUUGGUAUAAGCAACACUACACAGCUGAUUCAAAUGAUCAAAGCUUGAUGAUUAUUUGAAUCAGUUGUGUAGUGCUAGGGCAAAAACCAAAAUGUGCACCCCUUGGGGUCCCGAUCACAGAGUUUGGGAAACCCUGACCUAGCCUAUCGGAGGGGAAGGUGGAGCUAUGGCUAUAUUAUUUUCACCUUACAAAUCUUCUCAGAUCUCCACAGGUGUUUACGGCUUAGGGGUCGCUUUAGGAUUGGGCCUUGGACAUCUGUGGGGGAAAUGUGUUAAUCAUAAAGAUGGCCCUGUUGGUGACCUGUGACUGACUGGUCUCUCUCCCUCUACUCUCCAGAUGCACUCAGGUUCUUCAGAAGCUGAGGAGGAGAAUGACCCAGAUGGUUCCUUUGCCUUCCGGAGGAAAGCAGGCUGUCAAUAUUAUGCUGUGAGUAUAGAAGAAUCCAUACGAUAACCUUACUGAACAUUUACACACAAAAAAAACAUUUUGUGGUCGGCAUACAAAAUACACAAUCAAUCAAUCAAUCAAUCAAUUAUAAUACAACUUAAUUCAAUACAGAAACACAGGAAAGUGAGCACACAUUCCCAUAUAGUCCCAGUGGCAUACUGUCUGACCAUGUAUCGUAACUCCUGUCAUGUCUUAUGUCUAAUGGCUCCUCCUGUGUCUGUCUGUCACCAGUCUCGGUUGGACCACGGGGGCAGCUGGCCGUGGGUCAGUCCGUCAGAGGGUGGUCUGGGAGACACUCGUUACCGCUACUGCCUCACCACCCUCACAGUGCCACCAUGCUGCCUGGGCAUGGCACGACGACGCCUGGGACGAGGGGGCAGGUAGGUUACUGCAGGGUAAAAGGGGCAAUCUGGGAUUCAAACAACAAAGCGGGUUUACCCCCGCCAAUGUUUUAGUAAACAGCUGAGUGAUGGGGCAGGAGAAAUGUAACCAGUCUCCAAUUCAUAGCUAUGCAUGCUAGUACUGACCAUACAUGAGAAUAUAAUUAUGGUUUUCUGGGACCAAUAGCAUGAAUGAUUUGCGUGGCUAACAGAAGGACCUAAACACUGUUCCCUCUCCUCUCUCCCUCAGGGUUUUGCUUGACAGGGCACACACAGACUUUGACAAUGUAUUUCAUGGGCUGGACUCGGAAAUGCUUGAUCUGCCGCCCCACUCUCCAGUCACAGACAAGUUUGCUAGUACCUCACAAACAAAUACCUCGGACAGAACCUCUUCUUCUUAUUCCUCCUCUUCUGCGGACCUCAGUCAGAUACUGUUGAACAUUAAGUCGAGCCGAUGGCGGCACUUUAGGCCCCGGACACUACCACUACAUGACGGGGACAACAUGGUCACAGACCCCUUGUUCAGGAGGCUGGGGAGGGGCCUGAGUCGCAUCACCUCUACACUGGCUGGCACCACUGGCCCCCUGAGAGGAGCUGGCCCCCCGGCCCCCACAGCUGGUGAGUAGGGCCCAGGGUUAUUCGCACUCACACAGACCGUUCCAUAGACACACACACACACACAUACAGUCCAUGUCUACACACGCAUGCACGCACAGAGUCCCAGAUCAAAGGCACUGAAUCAUGGUUUGUCUAGUUGCAGGAGCUGUAUAAAAUUUUAAAAAAGGAGCGACUCUUACUUUGGUAGGUUUUUGAGAAAGGUAAUUGGAAAGUCAUAAAAUUGAGACAUUGUGUUAGAUCAAUUAUCUUUUUCUCGCUCCCUGCCAACCCUGCUUUUGUGCCGCUGUCGGGGUGUGUGUGUGUUGAAUUUAAUGUCACUUCCCAAAUGGCACCCUUUGCCCUAUAUAGUGCACUAGGACCCAUAGAGUCUGGACAAAAGUAGUGCACUAUAUAGGGGGACAUUUGGGUCCUCCACUUAGUUGACCACCAGGGACAAAAAACAAUUUCUUGUUCCUUUUGUGGUGCGGACAAGGUGAUCAAUUCCUUUCUUAAUGAGUGUGACAUUUUGAAUGGCUGUAAUGUUUGGAAUUCAUGUGGCGUGGCCUUUCCCCUGGCCAGCAACAGUCAAUUAAAAAUGUGUGUGAUAAAUAUAUUCUGUGUGUGGAUGGACGGACGUGGAUGGGACGCUGCUCUGAAUAUAAAGUGUCGGUUGCAUACCAAAUGGCACCCUAUUCCCGAUAAAGGCCUUGGUCAAAAGUAGUGCACUAUAAAGUGAAUAAGGUGCCAUUUGGGAUGCAACCAUUGUCCUUUCUACUAUUCUCUGGGGCAUCAGUGUGAAUGAGUUCCCCAAUUGUCAAACUGUUUUCAUAGAGUAAUACCAUUUCACAAGCAUACAAAUUUAACCCUUUGUUGGCUCGAUGUCACUUCUCACAGUGAUCUCACGCAGAGGUGCUGAAACAUUUUUUUGUGUGCAAAGUUAAACAACUAAAACCAGAUAUAAAGUAUGUAGAAAAUAUAAUUUGGCCUAUAUUUUUUCAUAAGAUCAUCUUUGAGAGCUAAUAAUCACCAAAAUAAAAGCUAAACAGUCAGGGAGAAUCAAAAAUUCAAAAAAUAAUGCAUUCAGGAGUGUUUUUGUCAUGGCAUGGGUUUUGUUAUGUUUGAGUCACUCGGAUAGCAUAAGUAAUGGUAAAAUGUGUAGAAUUGCAGGAAAUGUGCUCCUGUGGCCAACAGGGCCUCUAAAAUGUUCUGUCGGCAACCGCACCAUGGGCCACGCCACGCCCACCUCCUAAGCCCCAUUUGAUCCAGAAAACCCCUCUGAAAUGUCAGCCUAUUGAUUUCUUCCAGAAUUUUCAUUGCAUGUCAGUUGAGUGAUUGGAAAGGGAUUUGUUUAUAUUGGAUGGCUUUGGUUUUAAAGAUGGACUGAUUUUGAUGGUACUGUAUAUUGCCUUUUGCAAUCUUUUUCUGGCUGUGUGAGUGAAUGAUCGAAUACUUUAUUGUCCUAUAGGGAAAUGUGUUGGUCGUGGGGCUAGGUUGGCCUCCUGAUCCUAAGGGUCAGUGCUGAGAGGGAAGAACACAGACUGGCUGCUGACCACCGCUGUGUGUAUCUCAGCUCAGGGCCUCAGUGAGAGUUAAAGCCAGGAGAUGGACCUACAGACAGGCCCUGUCUUCUGCCAUUCCCCCUAGUCCCUUAACACUCCUGGCUAUUACGUCCCCCACAGGCUGCAUCCCAAACGGCACCCUAUUCCUUAUAUAGUGCAGGGCUUGACAUUAACCAUUUAACCACUUGUCCUUUGGACUAGUAGGACAGUAUUUUUUUAUUUAUUUUUUUACUUGUCCAAAAGCUCAUUGUAUGAUUGAUGCAAGGAUGCCACUUUACAAAAAUAAAAUGCAUUAAUAUAUAUAUUUGUACCAUAGAAUCAGACAAAAAUGUUGGAUACACUCUGCCUAUUUGCUUCUUUGCUUAUUCAAGCUUGUCUCAAAAUCCAAUGCUCCCCUUUUAAGGCUUCUCCUAGAGGAUAGUUAGUGACCCUUGGUAGCCUGUAAAAUAUUGCAACAUUACAAUUACAGCCCCUCCAGGGCUCAAAAUUAAGGUCGUCCCUGGGCCGAUAAAUGUUACGGUUCAAAACAGACUCUGGGACGACAGAUCCAAAUUUCAUACAACCACUGCUCAUACAUUUUUUUUUACAAAAGCAUUGAGGCUGAUGCAACAGAUCAGACCGUUUAGCUUAAAAUGUUGAUAGUUUUAUUUCUUCAUAUUAUAACCUCAUCAAUGCACACAUGGCUAUAGGAUACACGCAAAUGUUCCAAAAUGCAAUAGCGGGAAAACGCCAUUCUCGAAAGCGCACCGCACGCGUGAGCGGUUUCAUGUGACAUAGAUGAAAUUAUCUGUUUAGAAAUUAACCUCUAUGGGAUCAGGGUCCCAUAUACGGGAGGGUUGAGCUAACGUGCGCUAAUGUGAUUAGCAUGACUCUUUGUAAGUAACAGCAAACUUUCCAGUACAUAGACAUGUCUUAUAUGGGCAGAAAGCUUAAAUUCUUAUCUAACUUCACUGUCCAAUUUACAGUAGCUAUUACAGUGAAAAAAUACCAUGCUAUUGUUUGAGGAGAGUGCACAACAACAAACUUAUCACGGCAACUGGUGUGAUACAUUCACCUCUGAAGGUAAAUAAUGUACUUCCAUUCAGUAAUCUUGCUAAGGGUCCCAGAGAUAAAAUGUAGCAUAGUUUUGUUUGAUAAAAUCUAUUUUCAUAUUCAAAUGUAGGAACUGGGUUCUACAGUUUGAACCCCUGCUGUCUCUGGCUCCAGAUCCGCCCCGCCCGGCCAUCUAGAUGUGUGAAAGUUAGUGUACAGUCGUGGUCAAAAGUUUUGAGUGACACAAAGUUCGCUGCUUCAGUGUUAUGAGAUAUUUUUGUCAGAUGUUACUAUGGUAUACUGAAGUAUAAUUACAAGCAUUCUAUAAGUGUCAAAGGCUUUUAUUGACAAUUACAUUAAGUUUAUGCAAAGAGUCAAUAUUUGCAGUGUUGACCCUUCUUUUUCAAGACCUCUGCAAUCCGCCCUGGCAUGCUGUCAAUUAACUUCUGGGCCACAUCCUGACUGAUGGCAGCCCAUUCUUGCAUAAUCAAUGCUUGGAGUUUUUCAGAAUUUGUGGGGUUUUGUUUGUCCACCCGCCUCUUGAGGAUCGACCAAAAGUUCUCAAUGGGAUUAAGGUCUGGGGAGUUUCCUAGCCAUGGACCCAAAAUGUUGAUGUUUUGUUCCCCGAGCCACUUAGUUAUCACUUUUGUCUUAUUGCAAGGUGCUCCAUCAUGCUGGAAAAGGCAUUGGUCGUCACCAAACUGUUCUUGGAUGGUUGGGAGAAGUUGCUCUCGGAGGAUGUGUUUGUACCAUUCUUUAUUCAUGGCUGUGUUCUUAGGCAAAAUUGUGAGUGAGCACACUCCCUUGGCUGAGAAGCAACCCCACACAUGAACGGUCUCAGGAUGCUUUACAGUUGGCAUGACACAGGACUGAUGGUAGCGCUCACCUUGUCUUCUCCGGACAAGGUGUUUUCCGGAUGCCCCAAACAAUCGAAAAGGGGAUUCAUCAGAGAAAAUGACUUUACCCCAGUCCUCAGCAGUCCAAUCCCUGUACCUUUUGCAGAAUAUCAGUCUGUCCCUGAUGUUUUUCCUGGAGAGAAGUGGCUUCUUUGCUGCCCUUCUUGACACCAGGCCAUCUUCCAAAAGUAUUUGCCUCACUGUGCGUGCAGAUGCACUCACACCUGCCUGCUGCCAUUCCUGAGCAAGCUCUGCACUGGUGGUGCCCCGAUCCCGCAGCUGCAUCAACUUUAAGAGACGGUCCUGGCGCUUGCUGGACUUUCUUGUGCGCCCUGACGCCUUCUUCACAACAAUUGAAGUUCUUGAUGAUCCGAUAAAUGGUUGAUUUAGGUGCAAUCUUACUAGCGGCAAUAUGUGAAGCCCUUUUUGUGCAAAGCAAUGAUGACGGCACGUGUUUCCUUGCAGGUAACCAUGGUUAACAGAGGAAGAACAAUGAUUUCAAGCACCACCCUCCUUUUAAAGCUUCCAGUCUGUUAUUCUAACUCAAUCAGCAUGACAGUGAUCUCCAGCCUUGUCCUCGUCAACACUCUCACCUGUGUUAACAAGAGAAUUACUGACAUGAUGGCAGCUGGUCCUUUUGUGGCAGGGCUUAAAUGCAGUGGAAUUUUUUUGGGGGGAUUAAGUUCAUUUUCAUGGCAAAGAGGGACUUUGCAAUUCAUCUGAUCACUCUUCAUGACAUUCUGGAGUAUAUGCAAAUUGCCAUCAUCAAAACUGAGGCAGCAGACUUUGUGAAAAUUAGUAUUUGUGUCAUUCUCAAAGCUUUUGACCACGACUGUAUAAGCUAAUGAGCCAUCAUGUAUGACAUUCCUGGGAGUGUGUAAACUUACAUUUUUGUAUGUUCUUUAUAGUUAUGUACUUGAAAAUGUAUCAAUUGACCAAUUUGGCACAUUUGGGCAGACUUGAUACAAAAUAGUCCAGUAUUGCAAUGCUUCACUGGAUCAAUUUGAAACUUUGCACACACACUGCUGCCAUCUCGUGGCCAAAAUCUAAAUUCUGCCUAAACUGCAAUAUUAUAUUGUGGCCUUUCUCUUGCAUUUCAAAUAUGUUUUUAUUAUCUUUUACCAGAUCUAAUGUGCUAUAUUCUCCUACAUUAAUUUCACAUUUCCACAAACUUCAAAGUGUUUCCUUUCAAAUGGUAUCAAGAAUAUGCAUGUCCUUGCUUCAGGUCCUGAGCUACAGGCAGUUAGAUUUGGGUAUGUCAUUUUAGGUGAAAAUUGAAAAAAGGCGUCCGAUCCUUAAGAUGUUAAGAGAGGAGAUCUAAAGAUUUAUCAACUAGCAUGGGUUACUAUGACUAGGCUGCUGCACAAGAAAAUAACAUUGAUUUGAAAAACAAUAGAACAUGAGAAAUUCUGGUUUCAAUGGCAUGAAGUGUUUCUAAAAGUACAAGGUAAGACAUGCUUCAUAAAAUGACAUAACGUUGCGGUUUUAAACAAUUCAGUUUAUGGUUAAAUAGUUUCUAAAUGCUUGACCGCCUGCGCUCAGAUUCAAGUUGGGUAAUGUGCGGUGCGCAACAGGCACUGUCCUUCACUCUCCGUUCUUGUGACCAUUUGAUCUGAACGAACUGUGCCUCCUACGUCGACAGAAUCAAGCCUUUAGACGUUAAUGUUAAUUAACCUUCAUUAUAUUUGUCAAACAUGACUGGCGUUAGCCUAUAUUUAUGUAAUUUAAAAGUUUAAUUAAAGUUUGGCUACGUUUUCUGGUGCCUCCCUCCUACAUUUACAUUUACAUUUUAGUCAUUUAGCAGACGCUCUUAACCAGAGCGACUUACAGGAGCAAUUAGGGUUAAGUGCCUUGCUCAAGGGCACAUUAACGUCAUUUAGCAGACGCUCUUAGCCAGAGCGACUCACAAAUUGGUGCGUUCACCCUAUAGCCAGUGGGAUAACCACUUUACAAUUUGGGGGGGGUUAGAAGGAAUACUUUAUCCUAUCCCAGGUAUUCCUUAAAGAGGUGGGGUUUCAAAUGUCUCCGGAAGGUGGUGAGUGACUCCGCUGUCCUGGCGUCGUGAGGGAGCUUGUUCCACCAUUGGGGUGCCAGAGCAGCGAACAGUUUUGACUGGGCUGAGCGGGAGCUGUGCUUCCGCAGAGGAAGGGGAGCCAGCAGGCCAGAGGUGGAUGAACGCAAUGUCCUCGUUUGGGUGUAGGGACUGAUCAGAGCCUGAAGGUACAGAGGUGCCGUUCCCCUCACUGCUCCAUAGGCAAGCACCAUGGUCUUGUAGCGGAUGCGAGCUUCAACUGGAAGCCAGUGGAGUGUGCGGAGGAGGGGGGUGACGUGAGAGAACUUGGGAAGGUUGAACACCAGACGGGCUCCUGUCAGCAUCGGUUUGGACAUGAGGCUGUAGGGUUUUUUAUUUAUGUACAUGAAACAUUUAUUUGAAUAUUAUUCAAAUCUUGGCGCCUCUGAUCAAAUUCUGAUCCAAGUAAUUGUUUGAUAUUGUGAUUAUUCUUCAAUUCGUUUUUUUACUUGUCCAUGGACAACUUAAAUCUAUAUUAUUUUUGUCCGAAAAGAGGACGAGAGUUAAGGUUGAGCCCUGUAGUGCAUGGAUGGGCCUUGGUAAAAAAUAGUUCUCUAAAUGCAUUCGGAAAGUUUUCAGACCCCUUUUUCCACAUUUUGUUACGUUACAGCGUUAUUCUAAAAUUGAUUUAAAUAAAAAUGUUCUCAUCAAUAAACACUACUCAUAAUGACAAAUUAAAAACAUACCUUAUUUACAUAAGUAUUCAGACCCUUUGCUAUGAGACUCAAAGUUGAGCUCAGGUACAACCUGUUUCUGUUGAUCAUCCUCAAUGUUUUUACAACUUUAUUGGAGUCCACCUGUGGUAAAUUCAAUUGAUUGGACAUGAUUUGGAAUGGCACACACCUGUCUAUAUAAGGUCCCACAGUUGACAGUGCAUGUCAGAGCAAAAACCAUGAGGUCGAAGGAAUUGUCCGUAGAGGUCAGAGACGACAGGAUUGUGUCGGCACAGAUCUGGGGAAGGGUACCAAAACAUUUCUGCAGGAUUGAAGGUCCCCAAGAACACCGUGGCCUCCAUCAUUCUUAAAUGGAAGAAGUUUGGAACCACCAAGACUCUUCCUAGAGCUGGCCGCCCGGCCGAACUGUGCAAUCGGGGGAGAAGGGCCUUGGUCAGGGAGGUGACCAAGAACCCGAUGGUCACUGACAGAGCUCCUGGAGAUGGGAGAACUUUCCAGAAGGACAACCAUCUCUGCAGCACGCCACCAAUCAGGCCUUAAUGGUAGAAUGGCCAGAUGGAAGCCACUCCUCAGUAAAAGGCACACGAAUGCUUGCUUGGCGUUUGCCAAAAGGCACCUAAAGGACUCAGACCAUGAGAAACAAGAUUCUCUGCUCUGAUGAAACCAAGAUUGAACUCUUUGGCCUGAAUGCCAAGCGUCACGUCUGCAGGAAACCUGGCACCAUCCCUAUGGUGAAGCAUGGUGGUGGCAGCAUCAUGCUGUGGGGAUGUUUUUCAGCGGCAGGGACUGGGAGAAUAGUCAGGAUAGAGGAAAUGCCCAGCCAGAGCCCGGACUUGAUCUGGAGAGACCUGAAAAUAGCUGUGCAGCGACGCUCCCCACCCAACCUGACAGAGCUUAAGAGGAUCUGCAGAGUAGAAUGGGUGAAACUCUCGAAAUACAGGUGUGCCAAGCUUGUAGCAUCAUACCCAAGAAAACUUGAGGCUGUAAUCGCUGCCAAAGGUGCUUCAACAAAGUACUGAGUAAAGGGUCUGAAUACUUUUUAAUACAUUUGCUAAAAUUUCAAAAACGGUUUUCGCUUUGUUAUUUUGUGUAGAUUGGGGGGGGGGGGGGGGCAACUUAAUCAAUUUUAGAGUAAGGCUGUAACGUAACAAAGUGGAAAAUAUUAAGGGUAUGACUACAUUCAUAAUGCACUGUAUAGGCAAUAGGGUGCCAUUUUGGGAUGCAUCCCAUAUUGAUGUGACCUGUUCUCUGUGUCUCCUGCAGCUUUUAACGCCCAACAAUACCAGCAGCAUCAGGAGCAACUGGCCUUGAUGCAGAAACAGCAGCUGGAGCAGAUUCAACAGCAACUGCAAGCCAACACCACCACUACCACCAGCACACAGGUUAGUUAGCCCGCUCUCUGACCUGGGUAUUCUCAAAGUGGCUCAGAAUACGAGCGCUGCUCCAGGAUCCGUUUUUCCUUUUAGAUCAUAAUGAAUAAGAUUCAAUGGAUAGGAGAGGGACCUGGUCCUAGAUCAGCACUCCUAAUCUGAGAUGUUUGAUACAGCCCCGUGACCUCUCUCCUCUCUCUGUCCAUCAGUUUGUGUUUUUAGCAUGGUGGUAAUAUGUUGUUCUCCUCUCUUACAGGUUUUGGUGUCCAAGACAUUAGAUUUAGCCAGUGCCCAGUUUGCUGCCUCUGCCCUGGUGACCACAGACCAGCUGCUGGCCUUGAAGACCAAGGAUGAGGGAGGGCCGGUCAACGGGGUCCUUCCACCCUCAGGUUAACACUGCACCCAAGCAUUUGUUGUGGUCAGGUCAUUAUUGUAAAAUAAUAUCAAUGCCUUUGCCUAGUUAAAUAAAUAAACUACUUUUUUAAAGCAGAGCAUCAAAGAAAAGAGAAACUCGCACAUUGCAUUUGCCAGUAUCACUUUGGACUUUGAAAGCUCUGACGAAGGCCAUGAGGCCGGUAUGUAAGCUGAAUAAACACAAGUGAAUCCGGUAAGCGCAGUGUGCAAGUUUCUUUUCUUUCAAGAUAUCAUCAAAUUAUUCCCACGCACCUUCAAGUAACCUCAGAUGUGGGCAAGUGCGUUUCCAAUUAAACGCAGGGCUUUCACAGAAUCAAACAUAAAAGGUUGGAACUGAUCAAAGUGGAAACUGCUUGUAUAGCUUCUGCUAGGACCAUGCAGAUGUAGUGAUUUGUUUUCUGUCUUCCCUUUCCACAGGUGUCUACAAGGGCUUGCACCUCACUAGCACAGCAUCCCCGUCGCCUGCUGCCCCCACCUCCACCCCUAGCCCUCUGACCACCACCCCCUCCUCCCCCUUCCUGUUGCCCAGCACCAACAACAACAACGGCACUCCCCACACACAUGCUGCCAACUCCACCACCACUCAGGUCCUGAUGGGGAACAACAACCUCCGUCUGAGCAUGUCCUCGCCUGGGGGCCUCCUCACCAAGCGCCACAUACCCCGGACGCUAAGCCACGCCCACGUCGCCGUGUCGUCAUCUGCCUUAAAGCUGGCUGCCACCACUAACUGUCAAAUGCCUAAGAUCUCCACCAACACACCGUCAAUGGACAUGGUGCCAAGGUGAGAGAGGGGGAGGAACUGGAUGAGUGUGUCUGUGUUUCCAAAUGGCACCCUACUCCUUUUUAUAGUGCACUAUUCACCAGGGCUCUGAUGGGGCUCUUGUCUGAAGUAGUACGCUAUAUAGGGAAUAGGGUCCAUUUGGGACACUGAGUAAGUGUAGAGAAAUUGACCAUUACACAGUGUUCAGACAACCGUAGCUUACACUGCUGAUUCAGGAACAUUACGUGAGUGAGUCAAUAUUGAUGUAGAUUUUACUGAACAGUCUCUGAUUUUGAUUUGUCCGUAUUUUCUCCACUUGCCUCCAGGGAAAAUCGGGAUCAAGACAAGCCAGCACUAAACAGCAUUUCGGACAACACAGUGGCUAUGGAGGUCACGUAACCUCCGAACACGGACAGGACUGUGGGCUCAGCCGAGAACUCAUUUAGGUGCUAUGCAUCGUAGAGUUGUGAAUGCAAGGAAGGGGCAGUGGAAUGCGCACACGGCAUACAACGCUGUCUCCAUGGCAACUGUUGGGACUUAAUUGCAAUGGUCGUCUCGUACUUUUUUCAUUUCCUAUUUGUUACUGUUGAUAAGAAAUAUCAACAUCUGUAAUUAUGAAUAUGGCAAUUAUAUGUACAGAACCGCAUAUUUGUAAUACCCCCCCUCCCCCCUUGUAUAUAACAUUACUUGAAUACAGAAAUUGUUCAUUUGAUGUUUUGCACUUGGGAUAAAAUAAAAGACAAACUGCAACUGGUUCGAGUGUGAGGUGGGUGUGAGUUGUACAACAGUGUCAUCACGUCAGUGCAUGGUGUGGAACCUGCUGUUUUAUCUAUUUAUUGUGCUGUGUUUACAGUUAUUAUAAUUUGGUUUUGUUCUACGUUAUUUUGUUUUGGUACACUGUACCCUCAUUGGUUCCCGUGUUGUAGUCUGUUUAGGUAGCUAUUAACCUUUCUGUAUUUUAUGUAUAUUGUGAACAUAACCAGGGGGUCCUCCCUCGAAGAUUCCUGGUUGUUGGUUCAUUGUAUCAUGUGGAAACAAAUGGUGACAUGCAUUCAUACAGAGUUGGUGGGUGUGGAUUUAAGGCAUCGGUUUGUCAGUCAGAGGGUAAUCACUUAAGAUCUUCCAUUUUAAUUUGUUCAUGAGACAAGUAACAAAAUGGGAAUGAAGUCUGUUCCUAGAAGUCACUGCUGCUUCUGACUUACCUAAGCACUAUUUUUGUUUUGAAUUAAUGCUGCUUUUCUAUGAUUUAGGUCUCUGGUUUGUUUUCACAUCAGUACCUUUUUUUUUUAAAGAUCCCUUCUCCAAUUAUUUUGUGAAAAAUGUAGUUAUUUUUGUAUCCCCUUCUGUUUUUGAUAAUGAUUGUAUGUUCCUCAUUGAAAGACUUCAUUAUUUUGUUACUUGUUGAUUUAAAUGCGAUAAGGUAGAAGAAUGUAGUAACAGCUUGAUUACAUGUAUCAUUCCAGUUUAUACAUAACAAGAAGGAAAUGUAUAAAAAGGCAGAUUUCUUUGCUUUUAGAAUAAUAUUUCUCCAGAACGCUGCGAGGCCAAGAUGAACCACAAGUAUCGGGUGCCUUCCUUUGGAAAUACA